AUGAGUACCUAAUUUUACAGAGUAAAAGUAAGACCUCUCUCAACCCAAGAAUUAAGAGAAUUCAAGCAUUCAUAGCAAAAUAUUCAAAGUGAUAGAGCAAAUGUUCAAAUGAAUGAUGUUAAUUCAUGUUCUGGACUACAUUCGCCUCCAGGAGAAGGAGAAAAUAAUCAGAUGAAUUCAGAUAUUCCUAAUACAGUUAUUGCAGUUAAAAAUACUGAAACCUUAGAUGAGUAUCAAAUUGAGGGCUGGGUAUAGAAGAGAAAGUACAGAGUAGAUGAAACCUUAUAAGAUCUUAAACUUGAAGUAGGAGGGUUAUUUGAAUUCCAACUUCAAAGAUCACAAAAAUCUGAUGCAGAAUUGAUAAGAGAAGAAUUAAUGGAUUUGAGGAAGGAGAAAUAGAAUUUAAUGAGAGAAAAUAAACUAUUCCUACACUACUAUUUGCAAUACUGGGAUGAUAAAAUGAGAAAGAAUAUUACUAGCAAGGAUUAUAUGGUGGAAGCAAUUGUUGAGUCUGCUUAAAAUCUCUAUCAUUAAUGUGAUGGUCUAGCCUUCUUAGAUGACCUUGAUUCAGGCUCAAAGAAAUCACACAGGCAAUAACCACAGAGUCAAUAGCAACUGGGAGAGGAAUGGUUUGAAGUCUUUAUAACAGGUAAAGGUGUUCCACAUAGUUUGGCAUAUAUAUCCUCAAGAGUGAUGAAGAAAGUAAAUGUUCCCAUUGGAGGCUAAAUUCAUGGAAACGGAUUGAUUAAUUCAAGAUAUUUUGAGGAUAACUGCAAUUAAGAGGUUUAGGUCUAUCAUUUGCAUAAGAUUAAUAUUCAGUUAACUCAGGGAGCAAACUACAUAGUCUAUACACCUAAAAUAUUUUAUUGA